CUCAACCACACAGCAUGGCUUCAUUUUCGUUCGCGCGCCCGUCGCAGCCGAUCGGAUCCUCGCGCAGUAUUAGCGGUCUCCCGCCAAAUGACCCCCUUCAACCUCUACGCGCCAUGGCCGACCGCGUGGGAAAAGAAGUCGAGAAGUUCGCGGAGAGAGUCGACCACUGGCACACCCACGGCAACGACAGUGCGCGUGCCAAGUACCAAACGACGGUCAAGAUGGUGGGAAAGUUCAGAGAUGUUGCCGAAUCGCAAGUCAGGGACCUGAAACGGGCGAGUGACGCGGAGAACAAGGGAGAGCUCAAGAAGAGUGUCAGGCGCCGGAUACAGACCAUGGCGGAUGUCCCUGAGGUCCAAAGCGUCUUUGCUCCUCCAAUGACCGAGCCUACCGCAAACGUGCAAGAGCUGCGACAAUGGCAGGCAGAGCUUGCGACGUGGGAGCUGCUCCGAAUCAUCAUCGACCACCACCAUCCUGAGCCCGAGACCGACGUGGCCGCGGAAAAGCAGACGCGUUUGGCGAAUGUCGGAGGCACCGCGCGGUACGGUCCAAAUAGCGAGAUCUGGGACCGGUUCUUGUUGGAGGACGACUGCGCGAAGGAGAAGGAAAUCAUUCUUCGAUGGUUGGAGCAGACAGCACAAAACGGCGAGGGCGACAUCGAAUCCAUCACCUCGGAGCUGGAGGCGCAGUCCGGAAAAGGCGCGCACACCUGGACGAGCGGCUGGCUGGACACCAAGUCGAAGAUCAAGCAGGCGAAGCGGAUGGAGGGUACAGAUCAGCCUCUGAAAGCGGAUACUGCCAACCUCAAGACCACGGACAGGACACAAAGCCUUGCCACCCAGCUGGACCCCGACGGCCCGGCGAGGCAGAAACGCGUUCUCGAGAAGUCCGACGAGUUCUAUGAGCGCGCGCUCUGGAUGGUCUGUUAUGAGAUGAUGCGCCGCGGCGUUCCCUGGAAGCAGAUUAGCGACUGGUGUGAGGAGAGGAACGAGGCCUGGCGCGGGGUCAGUGUGGGCGCUGCGUACGAGGCACAUCCAAAGAAAGGCCCAAACGUAGCUGGGCCGACGGUUGGUUUUCUGUUCCGCCGCAUGUGCUUCUACGCUGCCAGAGGAGCCCGGAUACCCUACGAAGGAGCCGUCUAUGGGUUGCUUAGUGGAGAUCUGAAGCAGGUGCAGGCGGUUUGUCGAUCCUGGGACGAUCACCUCUACGCACACUACAAUGCCCUUCUGCUUUCCCGAUUCGAUACGUAUCUACAGCAGAAGCACCCACACCGCGUCACUCAGAGUCUGUCGCAGAAGUUCGCAUUCCAGGACGCCGUCGCAAAUAUUGGAGACUGGGAGGAUGCAUCGCGAAAAGUCGUCGACCUGCUAAAGCAACAGAAAGCCACCGCCAGCCAAUCGGUCUCCCCAAUCAAGCUGAUCCAGAGCGCUCUCAUUAGCAGGAAUGUGGACGAUCUUGUUUUCAAGGUCGGAGCUGCUCUUGCUGAUAUGUUGCAAGAAGAUGACCGACCUAGCAACUUGAUGGUUCAUCCUGAUUCUUCGGCAACCAACCCAGGGCCGAAGCCUGAGGGCGAGCACCGUACUAUCGUAGCGGAGCGUUGGUAUCAGACUCUUGCAUGUGACCCACAUGCCUUCCGCAUCCUUGUGCACAUCUGCAUUGCCCUGCAGCAUGGGUUAUUCACUCUCAGCGCAAACACUACCCCACAUUUGGCGGCUAUGGAAAACGUCGUUGUUGCGUACAUUGAGUUUCUCCGCAUCACCAAACGCAUGCAGCUGAUCCCCUUGUACGCGGCGCAACUACAGGCUGAACGAGCAUAUCACUGUCUUGCGCGCGUCCUCCCGGAUAUCAAGAAUAACGAGGAGCAACGGCGUUGUGUAGCUCUCCUGAAACAGUACGAGGUCAACCCUGUUGAAGUCGUUGCUGGGAACUUCAUGGCUGCUUUCGAAAACUGCGGAUACACCCACUACAACGGUGCCAUUGUAAUCAACAACUCUAUCAAGCAGUUCAGCAUUCUGGAUAGUACUGCCCAGGAACAGUACUUGUGGCCUGGUCUUCGAAUUAAAGAGCAGUUUGAUGGGUCUACCAUUGAGUCCAAAGAGGAAGCAAUUAUUGAAGCUCUACUUUGGUACAACUACGUCGAACAUGAGUUUGAGCAGACUUUCGAGAGUCUAAAGAACGCGCUCAUGAUCUUCCUGCUCAAUGGCCGCCUCGCUGCUGCCGAGAAGGUUGUCAAUGAGCUGAGCGUCGAGUCUCUCUCUCUGUCCAGGACGGAAGCCUUGUGCGGCUAUCCGUUCGACUUCACCCAAGCCGGAGCCGAGGAACAGGACGAGUUGCUGAUGCGUGGGUUCCGCGACUCCCUCUCAACCGUCGCACGAGCCCACAUUGCCUCGGUGGACAAGAUGCCCAAUGAGGACCGACACAGGUACAUUGUCAUGCGCUUGCGCGAGAAGAGUUCGCAAUACUACGACUUGCAGCAGAUUGUUCGCCUGCUGGCAAUGUUCCGCGAGUGGCGCAACGAGGAGGACAAGCUCAUGAAACUCCGCCGCGAAGCUCAAGGCCCCAAGCCAAACACCAAACGCAUAAAAGAGCUCCUCGACACCAUCCAAGCCCUCUUCAACGCCCUCAUGACCUCCCUCGCAGAAGACCAAAACUCGGGUCUUGGAGACACGGUGGAUAUGGCUGACCUCAAGCGCGCCUACAUCCCCGAGAUCGUCCUAGCAUAUCUCUCCAUCCUCCAAACAGCGUCGUACUUCAUCCACCGCGAUUCAGCCGUCAAAGCCAUGGAGAUCGCGACGCUGGUUGCAGACGAAGACAAUCAAUGGCUGCAGGCGCUGUUCCUGCAGACGGGCAGGAUGAGCGAGCUUGUGGAUACGCUGGCGCUGGUCAGCAGGUCGAUGCUGAAGCUGAGUGAGCAUGAGGGGAAGAAGGGAGCAAGCAAGAAGCGGGGUAGCAAGGGCGAGACACUGAGGAUUUGGGAUCUGAAUGUGCAGGAGCGGGUUUGAGGUGGAGUGUUUGUGGUGGUGGUGUAAGAGUAUGCGGUGGGGUUUGAGCAUUGUAAGGCGCGCGCGUUUGGGUAGCAACACAGCAUAACACGUGUUUGCGAAUGUCCGCAAUUGAUUCAAUCUAUUUGUAAUAUGGAC